AUGGCGUCCACCUAUCCUCAGUUCGUUCUCUUGGGAGACUCUCUGUUCCAGCAAUCUAUGCAGUUACAAGAGGGGUUCUCGUUCCAAGCUGCUCUUCAGACCCUGUGCUGUCGGAGGUUUGACGUGAUCAACAGGGGUUUCUCGGGAUACAACACCAGGAACUUGCUGAGCGUGUUGGAGGCGGUCUUUCCCGAGAGGGGCGCCGACACACCCGCGAUUGAGUAUCUUGCCAUCUUGAUCGGAGCCAACGAUGCCGUCAUUGAUGGGGCUCAUACUAGGCAGCACGUCGACCUGGACGAAUACAAAUCCAACCUGAACAAGAUCGUCAACCACCCUCGUGUCAAGCAGCACAAGCCAAAGAUCUUCAUCAUCACACCCCCGCCGGUGGAUGAGCUCAAGCUCACAAGGCUUGACCUAGCAAGGGGCCUGUCCUCGGGUAUCCGUACCUCUGCCAUCAGCGCAUCGUACUCUGAGAAGGCUCGCGAGGUCGCUCGCGAAAACGAGGGGACCGUGUUGAUCGACUUGUGGCAGACCAUUAUGCAUGCCGCCAUUGCGCUCACGCCAGGCGAUUACCAAUCUGGCGGCCCAUGGCUCGGCACUCCUGAGAACGGGAAAGCGGGAGGCCUAGACGAGCUCCUCCCGGACGGCCUCCAUCUCGGCGGAAAGGCGUAUCAGAUUUUCUACGAGACCUUGCGGCCUCACGUUGAGAGGGUCUGGGAGGGCCAGCCGGACAAUGCCGGUUUUGUCUACCCGACAUGGGAGGAAAUGAAUGGCGUCAGCACCACUGCUUAG